UUUAUCUUGGCGAACCCUGCUGCAAAAGACCAAAUGCACAUGCAAGUAAUCGAGAUAAAUGUUGCAGUCUUAGCAGACGACAGCAACGACAGUAUGUCUACCGAGCAAGCAUGUGUUUUCUUCUUUCAAAAUCCUGAUUUCAAGACAUUGGAAAAUUUACAGUUGGCAUUGAGAACCAACGGCGUUGAUGGUGACAUGAUGCGUCAGCAAUGCAUACUUAAGUGCAGAGAGUUAAUCUUUUCUGAGUGCCAGAUUAUCGCCAGCCCCAUACUGCAACUUCCUUUUGGCAUCCGAGUUAUACUUUCGGAUGCGCACUUUGAAUCUGCUGAAUUUCAAAACAGAUUGAGCAAUUUGUCCCUACACAUAUCAUCAAGAGGGCUUGUGCAACCAAACGAUUUUCAGACGUGCCUCACAUACACAUCGUUAGCUAGGCUUGCGCCCAGUUGGAACCAAGUUGGGCAGCAUCUGUGUCAAGGGAAGAGCUUUCUCAUUAGCUCUGGAUGGUUGUCAACUAUACGCAUGGAAGUUGUUGUGACAAAGUGUGAAACAGAAGUCAGCUUAACAGGAGGAGGGAUAAAACUGCACCACAUGAGUUUAUCACACAUCUGGAAUGGUGAAGUCAUCAGUGGAGAACUGCUCGAAAUGCUUCGCACAUCUGAGGUACAGAUUGAGCCACUACCAUGCUUCGUUUUGCCAAGUAUGAAACAGGGUCACAUCAUGUCGGUUUCUUUCAAAACGUUUGACAACCGCAUGUUUCCUGGAUUUGAAAGUAUGCACCGGUUCUGGAAGAACAUGUAUGGUUACAGCAUCCCUAAAGAGGCUGGACCGACCAUGAUAUAUGUGAAAGUUAUGUUCCUAGCUUUCCCAUCAAAAUAUUACACAUAUCCAAUCCUGUGUGUGCGGCCCUAUCAACCACUGGUGCAUCCUAGGGUUAACCAUCUGCCUAUUGUAGCUUCCUUUCUCCAUGAUUUGGAGGUAUGCUGGAAACAAAUUUUUGGCAGAUCUCUCUCUCUCCUGCUCAGAAAACCAGCAUUUCCUACACCACAAAUCACUUGGACAGCAGCACGUGUAUUGGAGUAUAAUGGAAACCAGCAAGUUGGAUGGACAAAAAAGCCCAAUCAGGUGAAAGUCCCGUACAGGGCACUCACCAGCGCACAGCUAAGCUUGUGUUCUCCAGAAAAAAUACUGGCACUUCGAGCUCAAGAUGAUGCAUGUCGCCAAAAACGUCAAAGCACUACAGAAGCAGCAGUAAUCUCUAAGUCAGCGCUUCGAUUUGAUGCACCAGCUAGCGUGCCACCUGCUGUGAAAACACCAUAUGCUGGACCAACGCUAGCGUACCAUGUUGAAGAUAAGCCACAUUUCCACACCCAUGAAAGCACAAGAGGAGCAAUGACAACAGGAGAAUCUAAAGUAGUGCCCAAAUUUGGUUUACCAACUAGGAAGAUGCCAGUUUUAAAAGCUACACAUGCUGGACCAACAGUAACUCGCAAUGUUCAAGAUAAGUCUGGUUUCCUAAUGAAAGAAAGCACAACAGGAACAACAGCAACAUCUAAGUUGGUGCCGAAGUUUGGCAUACCAACUUGCAAGCUGCCUGUUAUACAAGCACAUCGGGUUCUAGAUCAGCUGUAUUGCCGAGCAAAUGAAGGUACAGCAAGACCAACAGAGAAAGUGACACAUAAAGUAUCACCUAAAUAUGGUGCAUCAACUAAUAAGCCACCUUCUAUGAAAAGUCAUACUUUCAGCAAUAACCUGACACAGGCAGAAGGGAAGUUCGUACUUCCUACUGCACCUAAGGCUCAGAAAAUAGCUCCAACGUUUGAUUCAAAGCUGCAACGAAAAGAACCAAAGAAAGAAGACCAGACUAAAGCUCACAAGUCAAAUUUUAAUAGCCAUGCGAGUGACAUUGGAGCAAGAGGAGCACCAUCGGGCAUUUUAAAAAUGAUCACAAUGAAGAAAGCUAAGACACUACAGCAGACAGUGUCAGAUGCAGAUGUCGAAGCUAUGAUACGACAAAACAAAGUACACAAAAUCAAUGCUGCUACACUCCACCUUUGGCUACGUCAGAAAGGUAUCCCAUGCAAAUGCAAGGAGAAGAAAGCUGACCUUAUAGCAAAAGCAGUCAAACUUGUACGGCCAGAGUCAUAACUUAUGUAUUCCAGCUAUGGGACAAAACUGUACAAUGGUCUUUUUAUUCAACAAAAUAAAUGACAAUGACUCUUG